UAAUUUCAGAACAAUUUCUAUUUGGUCAUUAACCAACAACGCCGAUUUUUACAUUAAAGCCGAUUACAUAACACCAAUUUACAUAUCUGACAUUGAAAAAGCUCACCACUCGAAAAUAAUUGCGAUAAACCCGAUAGAAAUAGAAAACUCAGAAGGAUACAUAAAUAAACAAAUCUAUACAUUAGAUGAAGAUGGUUUAUUAAAAAUUUGGUCGAUGAUAAAAUUGAAUAAUUCAAAUUACACUUUAAGUUUACAUAUAAACUCAACGAUCGAUUUUAAAGACUUGUAUAAGAACUUAAAUAAUUUACAAUGUACGGAUAUGUGUGUAAAUAAAUUAGAUCCAAAUCAAAUUUUUGUGUCAACGAAUUACGGAAACAUUCUACAUUUUAUAACGACUGGAAAGAAAACCCAUCCGAAAUUUUAUACCGACAAUAAUAACGAUAGAAUAGCUUCGAAUUGUUUAAUAAAUUGUCCGUUUUCGCCUUUAUACUUUUUAUGUGGCUAUCAAAACGGAAAUGUUAAACUUUACUCGAGAGAGACGGAGAAACCCCUUAUGACGAUGUCAAACAAAGACCAAGAGUCGUCCAUAGAUCUUAUACAAUGGUCGAUAAAUAAACCUUGCGUCUUUUAUACGAAAGAUAGCAAAAAUGUUGUUCAUAUUUGGGAUUUAACAAAAAGCGAUAUUUUUCCAAUAUGUUCGUUAAAGUUUAACGAUCGCAUUGAUUAUAUUAAAUUAUCCCCCAAUAUUUCACAAAACAAUACCAUAAAAAGGAGUUAUUUAGUUAUUAUUACUCGCAAUAAAUUUGUUGAUUUGUAUGUUUUAAAUAAAGAGCACGGCCAACAAAAUAAACAAGAUUAUGAUGAUAAUGUCCGUAAAUUUACGAAUUAUGUUAAUAGAUUGUAAAUUGUUGUUUUUUAAUAAACAUAAUGUUUAAA